AUGGUCAAGUCAUUUUCCCGAUCAAAGCGCACGCCCGUGCGGCUGCGGCACAAAAUCGAAAAAGCCAGUGCGGCGAAACAGAGAAAAUUACGGAAAGAAGCAAAAAAGAAUCCCCAAUGGAAGUCACGGCUAAAGAAAGAUCCCGGCAUCCCAAACCUGUUUCCGUACAAAGAGAAGAUCCUUGAGGAGCUUGAAGAGAAGAAACGGCAAAAAGCGGAGCAGGGACAGAGGUUGAAAGACGCGGCCAAGGAGAAGAAGAGGGCCGGAAAAAAUGCGCCCACGAGAGAAGCCAUUGAGGACGAGGAUGAUCUAAUGGAAGAAGAGGACGAGCUCCUUGACGAUGAUAUGGAUGAUGAGUACGACGAUAACGCCAAUGACAGUACAAACCCUCUAGCAGCUCUGGUGGCGUCAGCGCAAGCGAGAGCUGCUGAGUACGACGGCGGGGCACUAGCAGGCGACAUCGGAUCUCCUGCAGAGGAUGAAGCCGUCUCGGAGGGAAUUCAGAUUUCGGAGACCAUCGCCCCAGACCACCGAAACCCGGAUUCAUCACGGAGAGCAUUUGACAAAAUCUUCAAACAAGUCCUUGACGCUGCGGAUGUGAUACUCUACGUCCUGGACGCGAGAGAUCCCGAAGGCACGAGAUCCAGAGAAGUCGAACGACAGGUCAUGGCUUCAGAGGGCGGUUCGAAACGACUGAUCCUCGUGUUGAACAAGAUUGAUCUGAUUCCUCCGUCCGUCUUGAAAGGCUGGCUGACCCAUUUACGGCGAUAUUUUCCCACGAUACCACUCAGAGCAUCGACACCGGCAUCCAACGCUCAGACCUUCGACCACAAGCAACUCACGCUGAAAGCCACCUCGGAGACGCUGCUCCGUUCGCUAAAAUCAUACGCCGCUUCCAAACAACUCAAACGAUCCAUCUCCGUUGGAGUGAUAGGAUACCCGAACGUGGGCAAAUCGUCCGUCAUAAACGCCUUAACCUCCCGGCUGAAUAAGGGUGUCCAAAGCUUCGCGUGCCCAGUUGGCUCCGAGGCCGGUGUCACGACAAGCUUGAGAGAAGUAAAGAUUGACAGCAAACUGAAAAUCCUCGAUUCGCCAGGAAUCGUGUUUCCUUCGACGGUGGAUGGAGAAGGGAAAGAGGACAGACAGCGAAGAAAAGCAGAGCAUGAGGCGCGGCUAAUUCUUCUGAAUGCGCUGCCGCCGAGUCAGAUCUCGGAUCCUAUUCCGGCAGUGAAUCUUCUGCUUGAAAGACUUUCAACGUCCGAGGCUCUGUACGAGAAACUCCUGAAAUAUUAUGGCAUCGUCGCACUAGGGCCCUUUGCACGGGGAGACGAAACAACUGAUUUUCUGGUCCAAGUCGCAAGGAAACGAGGCAGGUUAGGCAAAGGCGGGGUGCCCAACUUGAACUCAGCGGCGAUGGCGGUGAUCACAGAUUGGAGAGAUGGUAGGAUACAGGGUUGGGUGGAACCGCCGGUGCUGAAAGUCGCCGACGAUGAGGAGAUGGUCGAGGGCCUGGGCGCGGACAGCGGUAGGGAGAUGCCCACCGGCGUCGAUCGAAAGCAGAUUGUCACAGAGUGGGCGGCGGAGUUCAAGUUAGAGGGGCUUUGGGGAAACGAUACGGAGGAUGGGAAGGGAGAUGAUGCUAUGCAGAUCGAAUCAUGA